AACAUUAAGCCCUAUAGUUAUACAACCCCUCGCAAGGGGUUGUAUACUUGUAUCUAUCAACUUGUUUACAACAAAGCAGAGUACAUAUGUAUACAAGAAAUAAGGCCGGGGGUAAAAAAUGGGCACAUUAAAUGCAAUUAAACUUCUAUUUCUAUUAGCGUUAUUCACAAUCGCUACCGCUUUGGCUAUUGAAUUUGCAUCGUCUGCUGAUUCCAACGACGCAACUCCCAGUAGAAAUGUUUCGAGUUCAGAGGGGGAAAGAAGUCUUCUGCAACGGAUGCUGAGAGGAAGACGUCGAAGAGGGAGAAGGCCAAGUGGACAGGCGGGCAUGAGAAGGGCGGGUAGGAGGAAGGGUAGGAGGGCACCCGUCGUAGUGGCUCAAGAUGGGUCGGGAAAUUUCCCGACUAUCAAGGCUGCUCUUGAUGCGUCGCUCACGAGGAAAGGCGUCGGACGAUUCGUCAUUCACAUAAAGGCAGGGGUUUAUAAUGAAAUAGUUGUUGUUGAUGAGAGAAUGAAGAAUAUUAGGUUCACAGGUGAUGGCAUAGGGAGGACCAUUAUCACUGGACACAAUCACAACAGUUUAUUAGGCCUUCGUACCUGGAAUUCUGCAACUGUGUUGGUUCAGGGGGACGGUUUCGUGGCUCGGGACAUAACAUUCCAGAACACACACCGGAAGGCGCAAGCCCCAGCGAUCACAAUCGACGCCCCGCGGUCGGCAUUCUACCGUGUGGGGUUCGACGGGUACCAAGACACCAUUUUAUUCAGAAGUGGCCAACAGUUUUUCAAAGAAUGCGACGUUUACGGCACCGUGGAUUUUAUAUGCGGAGAUGGCACCGCAAUUUUCCAAAACUCCAACAUCAUCGCCCGAAAUUCCUCCACUGGUAACCAAAUCACAAUCACGGCCUCAAAGCGAGACGACGCCAACUUGUCCACUGGGCUCGUUUUCCAAAACUGCCGGGUCACUGCAGCGCCUGAUUUAAGAAAGGAAUUUGGGUCCAAGGAGAUUUACUUGGGCCGGCCGUGGGGGGACCAGGCGAGGACCAUUUUUAUGAACUGUGACUUGGAUCUGCCAAUUCAUCCGGAGGGGUGGUUGGACUGGCCAGGUAGGCCCGAGUCGCUUGGCAAGGUUUAUUAUAGGGAGUUUGGGAACAGGGGUAUGGGUUCCUUGACCCGGGGGAGGUGGAGCAGGUAUCGGGUUAUUAUGACUGAUCGAAAUGAGGCGAAUCAGUUCACGGUCGCGAAUUUUAUUCAAGGUCACACGUGGCUGCCAAGGACUGGCGUGCCUUAUUUCCUUGGUCUAUAAGGCUAAAUUGGUCUUUAAUUUUGGACAUCGAGCUAUUUGCAAGGUCAUUGUGGAAGGAAUUGAGCAAUUGCUUUUGAUGAGGAAUUUUCUCACUGUUGAUUGUAGCAAAGGUCUUCCAUUAAACUUGGCAUUAAUUUUG